CUGCGUGUGUGUGUGUGUGUGUGUGUGUGAGAGAGAGAGAGAGAGUUUGUUGAGAGCUGUGUGCUGUGCAUUGCGCGACGUCUGUUUCGGCUUCAGUUUCGAAUUCAACGUGACGCUGCGCAGACGCGAUUUGGUUAACGAGUUCGUGAAAUUGCCCAAGAGUCCGAAUACCGAAUAGCGAAUGUCGAUUGCCGAAUGCUCGAUAAAGUUUUAGAUCGUAUCGUCCUACCUUCUCCCACUUCGUUUCGCGUAUUGCUCGCUUGACUUGCUGCUAAUUUAGUGCUAAUCGAAUAUAAUACCUAAGCAUAUAAUACCAAGCAAGAGUCGAGUGUUUAGCAAGUGUCUGCUGAAAACGAAGGAAUCAAAUAAAAUAAAAUAAAAUAAAAUCAUAAUAUUUUGUGAUUUCAUUGCUAAUUGGAGAGACAGGGACAGAGUGCAGCUGUGUGUGUGUCUGUCUUUCGGUGUCUCGCAAAAUGGCCCAGUGUUUGUGCAAAAUAACAACAACAACAACUGCAAUAACAACAACAACAACAUAAGGCAUUGCAGUCAGUUAUUAAAAGUUGCGCCUGCGCGCGCGCCCUAACCUCAAAAAAAGAGCAAGAAAACAACAAAAACAAAAAGCUGUGCGAGUCGAACUCGAAAAACGUAAGAAAAUAAUAUAAAAAGAGAACUGAAAAGCUAAAGCCAAAGCAGCAAAGCAACAACAAAAGCCUUCGUAAUGUGAAACUGGUUCCUAUCCACAAAUACACACACACCAAUUGCAACGACAACAACGACAACAACAGCAACAACAGCAAUAACAACAACUACAGCAGCCACAACAACAAAACGCAGUGAAAGAGCUUGAAAUUUUGUAUGAAAAAAAAUUGUAUUUUUGACACGCAAAACGUAGCAAAAAUUUGGUGUAUUUUAUUUCUUGAUUUUUGGAGCUGACAAAGCGAAAAACAACACGCGCGGCCAGCAAAAAAGUUUACGUUUAAGUGCAGCUGAAAUUUAAAGUUUAUAAAUUAUAAUUAUCAAAGACACGCACACAUUCCAACACACACACACACACAUGACGUCACUGGCUUUAGCUGCUCGCUCUUGAUUCAACUGGAGCUUCAGCUGCCACAGCUGCAACCCACAAAAGAUGCGCACUUUCAAAUUGCUCAGACGCUGCGGCAGCGGUCUUUGUCUGCCCCUGCUGCUCCUGCUCUUGGCCCACUGCAUCUGUGUUUGGCCCGCGUCGGCGGUAAAGGAGGGUUUUGCCCGCCAGAACAACAAGCGCCAUCAGGAUCCCUUCCGCAACAAUGGGGGACGUGGACGUAACCGUGGUGGCAGCCAGGAGCGUGCUGCAACGGCAACCGCUGUGGCAAGCAGCACGGCGAUCAUCGCCAGCGUCGUCACCGUUGGUGAUAACAACAAGGACACAUUUCCCAAGGGCAAGAUUUGCAUUGGCACAAAGAGUCGCCUGUCGGUGCCCUCAAAUCGAGAUCAUCAUUAUCGUAAUAUGCGCGAUCGCUACACGAAUUGCACCUAUGUCGAUGGCAAUUUGGAGCUAACCUGGCUACAGGAUCCCAAUCUGGAUCUCAGCUUUCUGUCCAACAUACGUGAGGUGACGGGCUACAUACUGAUCAGUCAUGUCGAUGUUACCAAAGUGAUAUUCCCAAAACUUCAAAUCAUACGCGGCCGUACGCAGUUCAGCCUGAAUGAGAAUGACGAGAAGUAUGCCCUGUUUGUCACAUACUCGAAGAUGAAUUCGUUGGAGAUGCCCGAGCUGAGGGACAUUCUGCAGGGUUGGGUGGGUUUCUUCAACAACUACAAUUUGUGUCACACACGCUCCAUUGUGUGGCGCGAGAUUCUAUCGGGGGCGAAUGACAGUUUCAACUAUGUGUACAACUUUACGGCCGAUGAGCGAACCUGCCCCAAGUGCGAUGCGUCUUGCCAGCGAGGCGCCUGUUGGGGCGAGGGACCUCAGAACUGUCAGAAGUUCAGUAAAAUCACGUGUGCCCCGCAGUGUGCCCAGGGUCGCUGCUUUGGCCCAGGUCCAAGGGAUUGCUGUCACUUGUUCUGCGCCGGCGGCUGUACGGGACCCACGCAAAAGGAUUGCAUUGCGUGCAGGAAUUUCUUUGACGAAGGCGUCUGCAAGGAGGAGUGUCCGCCCAUGCGAAAAUACAAUCCCACCAGCUAUGAGCUGGAGGUGAAUCCCGACGGCAGGUACGCCUAUGGCGCCACCUGUGUCCGUGAGUGUCCCAGCCAUUUGCUGAAGGACAAUGGCGCCUGUGUGCGCAGUUGUCCCUCGGACAAGACGGCCAAGGAUGCUGAAUGUGUUGCCUGCAAUGGACCCUGCCCCAAGACCUGCCCAGGAGUUAAAGUUCUGCACUCGGGCAACAUUGAUUCGUUCAAGAACUGCACCGUCAUUGAGGGCAACAUUCGAGUGCUGGAUCAUACCUUCUCCGGCUACCAGGAUAUUGAUGCUCAUUAUUCAAUGGGAACACGCUAUAUAUCCAUGCAUCCCGAUCGCUUGGAGGUCUUCUCAACGGUCAAGGAAAUCACUGGCUACUUGAAUAUCGAGGGUGAUCAUCCGCAAUUCAAGAAUCUAUCCUAUUUUCGUAACCUGGAGAUAAUACAUGGACGUCAGCUCAUGGAGAGCUACUUUGCAGCCCUGUCCAUAGUGAAGUCCUCGCUCACAAGUCUCGAGCUGCGAAGUCUGAAGCGCAUCAACUCGGGCAGUGUUGUUGUUCAGCACAACAAACAUCUCUGCUACGUGAACAACAUUCGAUGGUCCACGGUGCAAAAGACCAAUGAUCAGAAGCAGUUUAUCCAUGAAAAUCUCAACUCUUCCGAAUGCCGUAAAGUGGGUCAGGUGUGCUCGGAGCAAUGCAACAGCGAUGGCUGCUGGGGAGCUGGACCGCAACAGUGCUUGAACUGCAAGAGUUUCAACUACAAUGGCACCUGCAUUGCCGAUUGCCGAGAUGUCUCCAACACCUAUCAAUUCGAUUCAAAGACGUGCAAAAAAUGUCAUUCGGAAUGUCGCACCUGCUCUGGACCCGGCGCUGAGCACUGUGAUGAGUGUGUCCAUGUGCGAGAUGAGCAGCAUUGCGUGGCUGUCUGUCCGGAGGAUAAAUACGCCGACUUUGGCAUUUGCCGUAAGUGCCAUGAGACCUGCGAGGGUUGCACUGGACCCAACAACACCAUUGGACACUAUGGCUGCAAUACGUGUAAUCUGGCGAUCAUAAAUGCCGAUGCCACCGUGGAGCGUUGCCUGCGCAAGGAUGACAAGUGUCCGGAUGGCUACUACUGGGAGUAUGUGCAUCCGCAGGAGCAAGGAUCGCUUAAACCGCUUGCAGGCAAGGCCAUCUGUCGCAAGUGUCAUCCACGCUGUGAGCUGUGCACCAAUUACGGCUUCCAUGAGCAGGUCUGCUCCAAGUGUGCCGGCUACAAGCGACGUGAGCAGUGCGAGGACGAGUGUCCGGCGGAUCACUAUGCGGAUGAGGAGAAGCGCGAGUGCUUUGAAUGCCAUCCGGAGUGCAAGGGAUGCACUGGACCUGGCUCUGAGGAUUGCUUGGCCUGUCGCAACUUUAAACUGUUUGAGGGUGAAACCUUUAACAACCUGACUCAGUUCAAUUGCACUUCCAAGUGUCCACCUCAAUCGCCGUACUCCAUCUACCAAUCUAACUUUGGACCCCAUUGUGUCUCCACACCACCCAAGGUCCCCAAACAGGCUGCCAGUGUCAAUGUCAACAUGAUAAUCAUCAUCUUUGGAGCUGUCUUUGUACCCGUCACCUGUAUUCUGUGUGCCGUCAUCUACAUUUGCCGGCAGAAGCAGCAGGAGAAGAAGGAAACGGAUGAUCUGGCCAAGGUAUUCUUUGGCUGUGAGGACUCGGAGCCACUGCGUCCCUCCAACAUUGGUGCCAAUCUUAGCAAGCUGCGCAUUGUCAAGGAUGCUGAGUUGCGCAAGGGCGGCGUUCUCGGCAUGGGCGCCUUUGGGCGUGUCUACAAGGGUGUCUGGGUGCCGGAGGGUGAGAAUGUCAAGAUUCCUGUGGCCAUCAAAGAAUUGCUGAAGACAUCGGGCGCCGAGUCCAGUCAGGAGUUCCUAAAUGAAGCCUACGCCAUGGCAACCGUUGAACAUGGAAAUCUACUGAAACUGCUGGCCGUUUGCAUGUCCUCGCAGAUGAUGCUGAUCACACAGCUCAUGCCAUUGGGAUGCCUGCUCGACUAUGUGCGCAACAAUCGUGACAAGAUCGGCUCCAAGGCGCUGCUCAACUGGUCCACCCAAAUAGCCAAGGGCAUGUCCUACCUGGAGGAGCGGCGACUUGUGCAUCGUGAUCUCGCAGCACGCAAUGUGCUGGUGCAGACGCCAUCACUGGUCAAGAUCACAGACUUUGGCUUGGCCAAGCUGCUUAGCUUGGACUCCAAUGAGUACAAGGCGGCGGGCGGCAAGAUGCCCAUCAAGUGGUUGGCCUUGGAGUGCAUCAGACAUCGAGUGUUCUCCAGCAAAUCGGAUGUGUGGGCCUUUGGCGUGACCAUCUGGGAGCUGUUGACCUUUGGCCAGCGACCGCAUGAGAAUAUACUUGCCAAAGAUAUACCCGAUCUCAUUGAGAUGGGCCUGAAGCUGGAACAGCCGGAAAUUUGCUCUCUCGACAUUUACUGCACUCUGCUCUCCUGCUGGCAACUCGAUGCGGACCUCAGGCCGCCGUUCAAGCAGCUGACGAAUGUGUUUGCCGAGUUUGCCCGUGAUCCCGGUCGGUAUCUGGCCAUUCCCGGCGAUAAGUUCACACGUCUGCCCGCCUACACGAGCCAGGACGAGAAGGAUCUCAUACGCAAACUGGCACCCACAACAGAAGGCUCCGAGCCAAUCAUCGAGGCUGAUGACUAUUUGCAGCCAAAGGCAACGCCUGGUCCCAGUCACCGCACAGAUGGCACCGAUGAGAUACCCAAACUGAAUCGCUAUUGCAAGGAUCCCAGCAACAAGAACUCGAGCAGCGGAGGAGGCGAUGAUGAAACCGAUUCCAAUGCCCGUGAAGUUGGCGUUGGCAAUCUGCGACUUGAUCUGCCCGUGGAUGAGGAUGACUAUUUGAUGCCCACGGGUCAGAGCAAUGGGAAUGUCAACGGCAGCAGCAACAACAACAACAACAACAACAGAAACAAUCCCAACAACAAUAUGGCCACAGCAGCCACCGGCUACAUUGAUGUCAUUGGGGUACCGGUGAGUGUGGACAAUCCCGAGUAUCUACUCAAUUCUCUCAGUGCUGGAGAGGCGCCAAUUCCCACACAGACCAUUGGCAUACCCGUUGCAGGUGUGCCCAGCACAAUGGAGGUCAAAGUGCCGGGCAGCGAGUCAACGAGCUCCGACCACGAGUACUACAAUGAUACACAGCGGGAAUUGCAGCCGCUGCAUUUGCUCCGUAGUCGAAAUACGGAGACGCGAGUGUAGCCAACAGUUGAGCUUCACUCACUGCCAGAAUAUGUAACAAAUAUUGGAUAAAUCUUGCCACGUAGUACCCAAGUGCCUUUGAAGCCAUUGCCAGUUGACAGUUGCCGUCUGACAGUUGCCGUCUGACAGUUGCCAGUUGCCAGAUGUGGAUGCAGUUGCUCGGCGACUGACGUGUGCCUUUGAAUGCUGUUAUCAUAGAUAAAACCCAUUCGCCUGUAGUUGUAUAAUACCCUAGAAUAGUUUUGUUGUAUAUUACUAUCGAUAUUACUCUAUAGCGUACUUAGCCAGACCCCUUCUCUACUAUCUACAUAUAUAUAUCUAUAACUAUUCUAAUAUACUUAUAUCUAGAUGUACUUGAGAUACUGUCGCAAAUCAGCGCUUGUAGAUUCAAUGUAAUUACGAGAACAAAACACCGAUAGUGCAUUUCUUAGACGCCCUCGACACUACCAAUUGGACUUGGCAAAUCCUAAUCUUUUGGAAUAUGCCAAAUAGUCUGGUAUUGGGCCGUUGGGCGCACACUAAGCUAAAAUUAUUUCUAGUUCAUAUAGCGGACUAUCGCAGCUAUAUAUCCAACAAUUUCUUAUAUCUAUAUGUAUAGAGUUAAUAGGCUUUUAGCGACUAGUUUCCAACUGUGAUAUAGUUUGUAGGCCAAUUCAGCAUAAUUCAAUAAGAUUUUCUACUUGCUUGCGAACAAAACAAACGCGAACGACAUUCAGCCCACUGUAAAUUGAGAUCGAUUGCCACAGAUCUUUAACAAAUCCAUUCGAUUGCAAACUUAUCAAACAGAACAAGAAACAUAACAAGAAAAGAUUUUUGAAAAACAAUAAAUCCCGAGCGUGCCAUGCAUCGAUUAUGCAAUUCUCCUAAAGAUUUCGAAUAUUUGUUGGCACAAUAAGGUUGAAACUGAAACUUAAUUUAAGACUUAGUCUAAUGUAUAUUGAUCAAAGAUAUAUGUAAUUAAUACUUAUAUACAAAACCCAUACGAUUGUAAUACUUAUAUACAUUUAAUGACUAAUCUAUACGAUUAUUUCUUAUACACAUGUAGAUUUGCCAAGCGCAUAAUAUCGUAGUUUGCAUAUACAAUUUUACAUAUACUUUAAAUUAAUUUAAUUUAAUUGCAAUUAGUUUACGUGUACCUACGCAAAGAUAUGCAUAUACGAGUAAAUAAAACGAUUUUUAAAUAAA